AAACAUUACCAGCAUGACAAAUUAUUCAAUGUGAUACCUUUCAUAAUGUUCAGCAGAGCUCGACGGGGUGCAUCCUCUAAACUGUGAUCCACUGAUGAUCUAGAACCGUUGUAGAGCGCACGCCAAGAAAUCAAAAGGAUCUCACAGGCUUGACAAAAAAGCGAUUGAACAUUUGAUGAGCGCCACUUUCGACAAAGCCGCUAUCACAAAGACUGUCAAUUAAAAUGAGGAUCUUUAGCUGAUCACCUCGCCUUGUAAAGUCACCAAUUUUAACAACGAAGUCAAGAUUUUUUUGUCAUUUAUUUAAAUGAUCAAAGUACCUGGUUUUACUGUCUCUCAUUUACUCGGACGAGGGACAUAUGGACUUGUGUAUAUGGGAAAGAAGUUUGGAUCAUGUAAACUAGUCGCCAUAAAGUGUAUGAUGAAAAGUAGACUAGGCAAACAAGCUCAAGAUAAUCUAGUCAGUGAAAUUUCAAUUUUGAAGACUCUUGAACAUCCGCAUAUUGUUUGUAUGCUUGAUUUCACAUGGGAUGCAUCUUAUGUGUACAUAAUUAUGGAAUUUUGUGGUGGAGGUGAUCUUGGCAGAUUUUUAAAGCAGAAACGAAAGCUAGACGAGUUACUUGUACAACACUUUUUACAACAAUUAGCCUUAGCUCUCCAGUAUCUAAAAAGCAAGAAUAUAAUUCACAUGGAUCUAAAACCACACAAUAUUUUACUCACAUCAUUUAAUAAUCCAACGUUAAAGCUUGCAGAUUUUGGUUUCGCCAAGUGUAUUGAAGGAACAGCUCACAUGAAUGAAGUACGUGGUACACUAUUGUAUAUGGCGCCUGAAAUAUACUGUGAAGGUGUUUAUCAUCCAUCUUGUGAUUUAUGGUCAGUUGGUAUUAUUUUAUACGAGUGUCUGUUCGGUGCUCCUCCAUAUGGUAAUGCAAAUGUUCAGCAGUUGAAAGAAUUACUAGUGAAGGAUGAUCCUAUUGAGGUGCCUCAGACCAAUGAAAUCAGUAAACAAUGUGCUGCAUUAAUACGUGAUUUAUUGAAACGUAAACCCUCCGAGCGAUUAACUCAUGAACAGUUUUUCUCUCAUCCAUUCAUCGACUUGGAUCAUAUACCAUCUGCACAAAGUAUAGAUAAAGCUAAUGAAUAUCUUGAACGUGCUCCCAAACUAGAAUCAUUGGGGAAAUUAUGUGAAGCGUACGAUUGUUAUCUAGAAGGGUUAAAUCACUUAGUUGCUGCAUGCAAUUACGAACAAAGUCGAUUUAGGAAAGCUGAAAUACGAAAUCUGAUGAAAAAUUAUUUAAUCAAAGCUGAGUCAUUGAAGUCAGAGUUAUGCCUUAUCACUGAAAUGAAUAAAGUCUCUCCAUCGUCUACUUCCAAGUCUCAUCGAAUAAAUGGUAACAAUUCAAAGGAUAAUUUACCUGAUCCUAUUACUCCAGUGAAAUGCUACCGUGUUUGUCAACAACAACAACAACAACUACAACAACCUAAGAAGACGUCUUCACCUGAUUUAAAAACAGAUAUCAAGCGUAAAUCUCCAGCAGAAUUAAAGGCUAUUAGCCCAUCCAGUAUGUAUUAUCCAACUGCAAGUCAAACAAAUGAAAUCAAUUAUUAUCUAAGGGAACAGUUAACUAUAAAUUCAAUUUCAGAAAUUAAUGAUUGUUUAUCCUCAGAUAAGGCUAGUGUUAUUACACGCGUAAAACAAUGGUUUACACGACAAAAUUAUAAAGAUGAAAAAGUGUAUGAAUCUGAAAGAAAUAAAGGUCAUGUGCCAACUGGUGUUUUGGUUGAUGUGAAUCCUGUAAAAUCUGCACAAUUAUCCUCGGCGCCUGUGAAUUCUCAUUCCCUACAUCAGUCAUCAGUCAGUCCUCCAUUAAAUCAGAAUUCUUCAUCCUCUGGAUCAGAUACUUUAGUCGAUCGACAGACAAAUGAAAGUCUAGCUAACAGCCAAUCAGAUAAUUCUUUGACGAAUGCUGCUCUUCCAUGCGUUAAUUCAAUUCCUGCAGAUGUUGCAAAAUGCGAAAAUUCACAAUCAUCCGAUUCUGGGGUAAAAGUGAAUUCAGUGAAAAUCGAAGAUGAUUUAAUUCAAAUAUUUGGUCGAAAUCAACUUUUAGAACUAGCAGAUAAUUGUAACAAAGAUGUGAUAAAAUUUUUGAAUAGAUUUUAUAGACUUAUUUCUGAACGACGUCACAAGGAGGCAUUGCACUAUUUCGAAAAUGAUUUCGCCACCUGCUUAAAAGCAGUUAAAAGUGAGUCAAAUCCCAAGAAUCGUAGUAUUUUAUAUGAAGAAUUAAAAUUCUCAAUGGAUGAAGCAGAGAAAAUCAAAGUGAAUCUAGAUUCAGCUGCUGAAACUGAAGGUUUUCAAGUUGGUGAAGAGGUGUUGGAUGACGAUCAAGAACAAGGUAGGCGUAACACAAAUGCAUCAGUAUUUAAUUUUAGCUAAUGUGAAUAAAUAUCCUGCUCUUCAUUUCUCACCUACAAUCGAUAUAUAACUAGAACUGGCUUUAAUUAUCAUUUUCUUUUUCUGUGAUUGACAUUAUACCAUUUUUAGAAUUGUGUAUGUGUGCGCGCGCGCGUAGAUUUUAAUUCUUGUGACUUUAAAUCACUUAGCAUAGAAAACAGUAUGAAUUAUGACGCAGUUAAGAUAUCUUAUGCAGAAUAUUGACUGAAAUAGAUUAUUAUACAGAAUGAGUAAUGAAUAGCUUUUCUAGCAUCUCAGUAAACACUUUUAUCAAAUUUGCACGAAUUUAGCUGACGUCAUGUUAGUUCAUGAACUGAAUUCAGUUAGUCUUACUUGGUGACACUUCACCCCUUUUCACUAAUGACCCCACCGGAGAUCAAAUCCCAAGGGCAUUUAGGUUACAAGACGAGCUCAUUGACCAUUCCAGCCACUGGAAUGGAAUCCAAUGGCCUCUAAAUCCUGACUUCUAUCAAUUUGAGAUACCGUCAACUGAUUUCAUCGGUGGGUAUUUAUCCUCAUGCCUAACUUACUGGACCUCACCGGUAGCAACUUCUCAUUGAGCUAACUUCAAUCAGUUAGUUACCUAAUUUGGAAACAUCAUUGUUAUAAGAUGAUUAGAAGCAGUCGGUAGAAAUCCCAGUCUUGUGCUAGUUGGCACUCACCAGCAAAGCGUAUCUUCAGUCUUCAAGGAGUUCAUGUCCCCUUUGACAUUCGAACCCGCGUCACUCGGUGCAACAUUCAGAGACAUUACCACUCAGCCAUUCGGGCUGGUGAUUGGCCUCCUGUAGGAUUGCAUUGGAUACUUUCAAUAAACACUAACCGGUGCCAUGCGUCUACACCAACCAAAGGACUAGAUGCUAUUAAUGCUAGUUAGUGUCCAAUGGAAGUAAUUUGAAAGCACUUUUGACAUUUCAGGGCAAUAUCAGUAGUAUAAUUAGUAAAAAUUACUUUGAGUGGUUAAUUAAGUGUGUUUAGAUCAUUGGUAGUUUAUAUUUACUGCUUGUCUUAUGAACUGACAUUUUGAUUCUAUCUGACAAAUUACAAAGAUCGCAGUGGUUUUAUAAUUUCCCUUUAGUAAUUCUGCCUACUUUACUAUAAUAAAGUAGUAUAUAUUGAUUGAGUAAAAAAACAAAAUUGCAAUGGUCUUAGGAUUACUGAACUGGAUAGUUAAUCAGCCAGUCUGUAGUUAUGUUAUCGAUAUUCAUCACUUAUGGAUUUACAGGGAGGUCAUCCUUUUUUUUUACAUGGAAAGCUAGUUUUUGCAAAUGUUUUUGUUGUGAUGUCACUUUUAUAUUUCUUAAUAAUAUUGAGAUUAAAAUAGGGAUGACGUGGUGGACACUGACGCUCUCUCUGAUUACAAGUGCCUCUUGACUACUCCAACAACAUCUGUAUGACAGCUAAUCGUUUCCCCUAUCCUACUCUACUUAAACGAGAAUACCCAAUGACGUGAGCCGAAAAAUCACUGUUCAUUUAUGUGAUACAGGAUAGAAAAUUGCCGUUACCCAACUGGUCUUCAAAUAAUAACCACAAUAAAAAAAUAGCACAACGAUCUAACUCACUAGAGUUAGACAUUAAAGAUAACUGUAUAAAUAAAUAUAAUGAUAAAUGAUGGCUGGCCUACAGUGCGAAUCGCAGUUUUGUACAUUUUUAGGUAUAUUUGUUUUCCUCUUCUUAUCCCAUAUUUUCAUCAGAUAUUGAAAAUUGAGUUUUUUUGGCGGGGGGGGGUUGUAAUCUUUGUUACAAAAUACCACUAACUUAUUGUUGUUUGUCUAUUGGGUUUUUUUAUAUCUCUGAAGGAAAAGCUGAACAAAAUACUCUCGUGUUAUAUAAACAUGCAGCAUGUGUUAUUGUGAUGUUUUUUAGGGAAAAUGUCUUUCAUUUUGAAUUCUCUUCCUCUCUUUUUGUAUCGUUUUUUUGCAAUAAACAAAAGCCGAUUAGCGUUUUCUUUAUUUUAAUGCAUUAUCUCAAGUAUUGGUUUGUGAG